UAUUCUUCUAGAUUGUCAUGGUGCCUAAAGGUUGAAUUUGUUUUUAAGUUUCAUAAUUUUCCUGAAGUAAGUCCAAUUUAAUAGGCAAAAUGAAUAGAAUAGUGUUAAAUCGUUGUCGGUGUUUAAAAAAAUCCACACUACUCUGGGAGAAUAGGCAGUUCCAAAAUUUUCCAUACAUUACUCUUUCAAGGUCAUUAUCCUAUUACACAACUCAACCCAUUGGAUUGCAGCAUGAUAUAAGUCAGAAACCAUUCAAUAGAAAAGUAUUCUACCCUGCUUAUGUAAGAACAAUAGCAACAAGUAAAUGUUAUUAUGAGAAGGAACCCCUGAAACCAUCUUCUAAAGUUGAAGCAACUGUUGAAACUAUAAAAAAGGAAAUUGAAGAAAAAGAAAAAUUACCCAAGAAGGAGGAAAAAAAGAAGAGCCUAAAACAAAAGAUUAUGGACGAAUUGAGACACUAUUAUCAUGGUUUCAGGCUGCUCUUUAUUGAAGUGAGAAUAUCAACAACAUUGUUGUUCAGAAUAUUACAGGGCCAUUCUUUAACUCGCAGAGAGCAUAGAUUAUUGGUAACAACUAUUGGUGACUUGUUCAGAAUGGUGCCCUUUAUUGUAUUUAUAGUGGUACCAUUUUUGGAAUUUGCAUUACCAAUUUUCAUAAAAUUAUUCCCUAAUAUGUUGCCAUCAACAUUUGAGAGCCGAAGUCAAACUGAAGCAAAAUUAAAACAGCACCUAAAAGUCAAAUUAGAAAUGGCUAAAUUCUUUCAAGAAACACUAGAUCAAAUGGCUCCACAGGCAGGUAAUAGGCAUUCAGAGUUAGCUAAAGAGUUUUCUACUUUCUUUACUAAAAUCAGAACUUCAGGAGAUGUUGCUACAAGUGAAGAAAUAAUGAAAUUCUCAAAGCUCUUUGAAGAUGAAAUUACAUUAGAUUCUCUUCAAAGACCCCAUUUGGUUGCAUUAUGUAAAGUGUUGAAUGUAUCAACAAUCGGAACAGGUGCCAUAUUGCGGUUUAAUUUGAAAAUGAAGUUGAGAUCAUUAGCUGCAGAUGAUAAAAUGAUUGCUAAGGAAGGUGUGGACAGUUUAAACUUCAGCGAGUUGCAACAGGCUUGUAGAAGUAGAGGUAUGAGGGCUUAUGGUGUAUCUGAAGAGCGAUUAAGAAAAGAGUUAAGAAAUUGGCUGGACUUGUCAUUAAAUGAAAAAGUUCCACCAUCAUUGCUCCUAUUAUCAAGAGCCUUGAUGGUACCUGAACAUGUGCCUACAACAUAUAAAUUAAAGGCAACAAUUUCAGCAUUGCCAGAACAGGUUGUAACACAAACAAAGGCUGCAAUUGGUGAGAAAGAAGGCAAACUUGACUUCAAGACUAAAGCAGAAGCCAUUAAAUUGGAAGAAGAAAGGAUUAAGGAAGAGAAAAAAGAAAUGCAGGAAGCAGAAAGAGAGAAACAAAUACUUGAGGCUAAGAAGAGAGAAAAAGAAGAACUUAAGGACAAAGCACCAAUUCUUGAUGAAGAGAGCACUCCUGUCAUGGUUGAUCCAGCACCUAUUUUGGUCGUGGAUAGUCCUCUUUCUAAACCAGAGGAAGGCCUGUCUGGCAAAGACAUUGAAGUGAUUGAAGAUGCUUUAGAGAAAUUAGCUGAACAGAAAAAGUCUCUUCUACUAGAAAAAGAGAGCAUUCAAGAGCUGAAGGGAGAGUUAAUGGAUUAUAGUGAAGAUGUUAAGGAGAUGAAUGAAAUUGUUAAGACCAAGCAAGCUGACAUCAAAUUAACUAAAGGAGCCAGGAGAUUAUAUCGAGCAGUUAAUAACAUGAUCAGCAAAUUAGAUUCGGUGCUAAUUGAACUGGAAAGCAAAGAGAAAGCUCUUUUAACUACACUGGAGCAAACAAAAUCUGAGCCUGAGAAAGCCAAAGAGCAUUUGAUCCAGAUAGACGAACUUAUGCAUUCCAUUAAGAGUCUACAGAAAGUGCCUGAUGAGGCAAAAUUGAAACUUAUUCAGGAUGUCCUUGGAAGGUUAGAUGAUGAUUUUGAUGGACAAUUGAAGAUUGAUGAUGUUUUGAAGAUGUUAGAAAUAAUAGGCAACGAAAACGUAAAUCUGUCAGAGAAGCAAAUGGCGGAACUGAUUGAGCUGUUAGAUAAGGAAGAGAUCCUGGAAGUUGAGAGUAAGAUACAAAAGGCAUUAGACAAAGCUGCCAGUGCAGCCAAAGAACAAGAUAAAACCAGUGGAUCUGACGGAAAGAAUCUAUUCGAUCUGAUCCGAGAAGCGCAGAAACGACGAGAAAUGAAGAAAGCGGUUGAGAAGUUUGGGGAGCAACGGAACAUGCCCAAGAGUGAAGAUAUUGUCACCGAUCACGAGGAAAAGACCAAACGACCGGAGAGCCACAAUAAACCUUGACUUUCCUAGCUUAAACAUUUUUUUUCUAGUAAUGAUGUAAAUAUGUUAUGUCAGUUGGUUUAGGGGUUUAUGCUUUCAUGCCAUUUUGCUGCGGCAAAUUUGCAUGAAUGCAAAAGUUAAGAGCUUGAAUAAGGUAUUUGACUAUUAUUCGGAAAUAUGUUUUGUGUUGUUUUUUUCUGUAAGAUUAUUUAUCAAUUCUGUAAGAUGAUGUCAACAUGCAAAGUGUAUUAUUUAAGUAAUAUUUUUUAAUAAUUAAUGAAAAUUAUUAUGAUUCGCUAAUGUUUUCUAAUAAACAAUAAAGUUUAACUAAACUACAUGAACUUUAGACAGAGAUAUAUGUAUGGUGAAUAUUUAUUAGUAAAACAUCGAUGUAUGUUGCAUGAAAUAUCAUAAGAAUAGUCAAGUACUCUUAUCUUUCUCUAUGUUUUGUUCUGGACCAGACAUAUAGGUGCGUCUAAUGUCUCGCGAAGUAAAUGAACGUAGAAAAAUUAUUAAUGUGUUACCUUAAUGACAAUAACCAUUUUUUAAAAUACAUUUUCACAUCAUUCUGUACAUAACUAAUAUAUUAUAUAAAAAUAUAUUGAUUCCACGCCGUACAAAGUUACUGUUCAUAUAAUAUUUUUAUUCUUUGGUAUUUAUGGUUCUGUUUAUUUUGGUUAUAUCAGAGUUUUAUUGUUAUUAUUUAUGCAUUUCUGUGAUCAAUGUUCAGUAAGUUUAUUUUAUUUAGUUUAAAAGUAUUAGCACAAAAUGUUGCUUCGUGUACAAUGCAUACACUUGUUUUCAAACAAUAAAAAUUUCCCUCUUUUUUUAUUUUGAUUACUGUUUCACUACGACUAAUUCUUGCUAUGACAAAAGUGUCAUUUUAACUUAACGGUGGUUAUUAUUUUUCGAAUACAUAACAAAUAAUUAGCGAAAGCUAAUUACAAUUUCUAUUUAUAACCUUUGUAAUGAACUUAAUUAUAAUAAAAUAAUUAAAAGAAACAACUUCUUAUUGUUAAGUUUUUAAAUAUAAACAAAAAAAUGUCGUAACAAAUUAUCUUUCAAAGCAAUUUUAUGUUGAACAAGAAUUACAAUUAUUUUUUUUAAAUUAAGUAAGUGUACAUGAAGACCACUAUAAAGUACCACCGUUUUCAUAUAACAUUUAGUUGCUUUCUGUACAGGUUACAAUUAAAUUAGUAUACAUUGAAAUAUGUAUUUCAUUUCACAUUAAAAAGAAUAUUUGCAUAUAAUGCAAAAAUAUUUAGACAUUUCUCCAAAAUCUAUUUAUAUUGGUUUAUAGUUAUAAAGAGAAAGCGUAAAAGCGAUGUAUAAAUGAAUUUCGUUUUGAAUAGAUGUGCAGACAAGCUGUAAAAUGUUACGAUAAUACAGAUGUCCUAAGAUAACA